UAACAGACUUCACUGCAAAUCUACGAGGUAAGACUAUUUUUUCAAAAAUUGAUCUCCAAAGGGCAUUCCACCAGGUGCCCAUACAGGAAGACGACAUCGCAAAAACCGCAAUCACGACCCCGUUCGGUUUAUAUGAAUUUAAAUUCAUGACGUUCGGGCUUUGCAACGCCGCCCAAACUUUUCAGAGGCUAAUCGACGAAACAUUACGCGGGUUAGAUUUUGUCUUCCCGUACGUCGAUGACAUUUGCGUCGCCUCUAAGUCGAUAGAACAGCACCGUCGUGAUGUGAGAACAGUUUUCCAACGUCUACGUGAUUUUAAUCUGGCAAUCAAUCCAUCGAAAUGCGAAUUCGGAAAAAACGAAUUAAAAUUCUUAGGCCAUCUGGUCGACGCUCGGGGAAUACACCCAUUGCCCGAAAAAGUUGAUGCGAUUCGCAACUUCGACAAGCCUACAAUUGCAAAAGAACUUAAACGUUUCCUAGCAAUGGUUAAUUUUUAUCGCAAAUUUUUGCCAAAUGCAAUGUCUUACCAAACGUGCCUCCAAUAACUCAUCGUCGGCAACAAAAAGAACGACCGCACACCAAUAACGUGGAACGCUGAAGCAGAGAAUGCAUUCGAACGGUGCAAAGAUGAACUAACGAAAGCAACACUUCUCGCACACCCCGAUUCCAGCGCGGAAUUAGCCCUAUUUGUUGACGCAUCGGAUACAGCCGUUGGCGCCGCACUUCACCAACACGUCGAUGGGGAAUUGCAACCGCUCGGGUUCUACUCGAAAAAAUUGAGCAACGCCCAACGGUCUUACAGCACCUACGACCGCGAGCUGGCUGCUAUAUACCAAGGCGUUUGCCACUUCCGCCACAUGAUCGAGGGACGUAAAUGCUACAUCGUGACUGACCAUCGACCUUUGAUCUACGCAUUUAAACAAAAACCCGAAAAAGCUUCGCCCCGUCGUCUUCGCCAGUUGGAUUUCGUAAUUCAGUUCUCCACCGAUAUUCGCUACAUUCCCGGCAGAGAAAACGUCACAGCCGACCUACUAUAGCGUUUGCAGACUAUCGACAAGAUUAUCGACUACAACGAAAUUGCCAUUUCGCAGCAAAACGACGCACACCUGCAAAACAUACUUAACAAAACAGUUGUUUUGCGAUACCUCAACAACAACAGUCCGCCCGUAUAUCCCGAAGGAAUUUCGCGAAAGCCUUCUUCGAAAAGUCCAUGGCUGUUCGCUCGACCGUGAAACUAAUGACACAAAAAUUUGUAUGGCCGAAUAUUAAAAAAGAUACCGCAACAUUCGUCCGUAAUUGUCUAUACUGCCAACGCGCUAAAAUACAGCGACAUACCAAGUCUAAACCUGCAAUGUACGAGCCUCCAAAAGAGCGUUUCCGCCACAUCAACAUAGAUAUCGUUGGUCCAUUUCCACCAUGUGAAGGACAACGAUACUGUUUGACUAUGAUUGACAGGUAUACUCGAUGGCCAGAGGCAGCGCCGAUGCCAGACAUGUCUGCCGAAUCUGUCUCGAAAGCAUUACUCUCGCACUGGAUAGCUCGUUUCGGAGUUCCAGAGCGAUAACUUCGGACCAAGGAAGGCAGUUUGAUUCCGCCGUUUUCGCCGAAUUAAUGACCCUUCUUGGUACAAACCACUUACGAACAACUCCGUACCACCCGCAAUCAAAUGGAAUAAUUGAACGGUGGCACAGAAGCUUCAAGACAGCGAUUUUAUGCCACGAUCCAGCCAAGUGGGUACACAACCUACCGACAAUACUUCUUGGUCUACGCGUUGCAUUCAAACCGGACAUUAAUACCUGCCCUGCCUUACUCGUUUACGGAACAACAUUACGUAUUCCCGGCGAAUUCUUAGAAGAAACAAAAAGUAAGAAAGUUACUACCGACACUAUAUCGCAUUUUCAGUCAACAAUGAUGAAGCUACAGCCUACGCAAACAAAACACCAUUCCACUUCGAAGGUUUUCGUAUCGCCAGCGUUGCAAUCAGCCACACACGUAUUCCUGCGCAACGACUCGAUUCGUCCUUCGCUUACUCGACCCUACGACGGACCGUUCCUUGUGGUCAAGAAAUCGCCGAAGUACUUUAAGAUUAUAGUACGAGGUCGCCCAACCAACGUAAGCAUAGAUCGGCUCAAACCAGCUUUUAAAGCAAGCGACGAAUCCAGCGAUAUAUCUAACACUCCACAAGAGGAAGAAGAGCCGCACGUUACGAUGAAACCUACUCGCAGUGGUAGACGAAUUAACAUACCCUUUCGGUACCGAUAGUUCCAUCUGGCAGGGGAGUACUGUGGCACCCUGUUCUACUCCUUUCUAACAUCCCAUUUAAAUUUGUAACAUUAGUAUUACUUUUAAGUUUUUUAUUCC